UGAGUACAUGAUCCUAGCCACCAUCAUCGCCAACUGUAUCGUACUGGCUUUGGAGCAGCACCUGCCUGGAGAGGACAAGACCCCCAUGUCCAAGAGACUGGAAAAGACAGAGCCUUACUUCAUUGGGAUGUUCUGCUUUGAAGCUGGGAUUAAGGUGGUGGCGUUGGGAUUUGUAUUCCAUAAAGGCUCCUACUUGAGGAACGGCUGGAACGUCAUGGACUUCAUCGUGGUUCUGAGUGGGAUUCUGGCCACAGCGGGAGCUCACAUGAACAUCCCAGUGGACCUGCGGACCUUGCGGGCCGUCCGCGUGCUCAGACCCCUCAAACUUGUCUCUGGAAUCCCAAGCCUGCAGAUAGUCCUGAAAUCCAUCAUGAAAGCCAUGGUGCCGCUGCUCCAGAUCGGCCUGCUGCUCUUCUUCGCCAUUCUUAUGUUUGCCAUCAUCGGCCUGGAGUUCUACAGCGGGAAGCUCCACAACACCUGUCUGCCCAUGCCCAAUAUCCUGGAGAAUGAGACGGUGGACAAGUCUGAGUCAGAGUUCCCGUGUGGGGUGAGGAAGUGCCCUGACAAGUACGCCUGCCGUGACACCUGGAUCGGCCCCAACGAUGGCAUCACCCAGUUUGAUAACAUCCUGUUUGCUGUGCUCACCGUCUUCCAGUGCAUCACCAUGGAGGGCUGGACCACCGUGCUCUACAAUACCAAUGAUGCCUUAGGCCCCACGUGGAACUGCAUGUACUUCAUCCCUCUAAUAAUCAUCGGCUCCUUCUUCGUGCUGAACCUGGUAUUGGGAGUGCUCUCAGGGGAGUUUGCCAAGGAGAGGGAGCGGGUGGAAAACCGCAGGGCGUUCAUGAAGCUAAGGAGGCAACAGCAAAUUGAGCGGGAACUCAAUGGCUACCGAGCCUGGAUCGACAGAGCAGAAGAGGUGAUGCUUGCGGAGGAGAAUAAGAAUUCAGGACCCUCUGCUCUUGAUGCUCCCAAGAGGCUGUCUGAAUGGAAUACAGGCGGUAACCAUGUGCUGAAGAGGGCCACCAUCAAGAGGAGAGGGGUGGAUGCCGUCCACCGGGGCCCAGGGGACGAGCAGUAUGGUGACAUCUCUUCUGUGGGCAUCCCGAUGGCCAGACCCAGCAUCAGGAGUGCUAAGAGAGGACCUAUGGCUUAUUUUAAGCGGAAGGAGCGUCUGCUGCGUAUCUCUAUCCGCCGCAUGGUGAAGACACACACCUUUUACUGGACCGUACUGGGCCUGGUGGCCCUCAACACACUCUGUGUGGCCAUCGUCCAUCACAACCAGCCCAACUGGCUGUCUGUGUUCCUCUACUAUGCAGAGUUUCUCUUCCUGGGUCUGUUUCUCACUGAGAUGUGCUUAAAGAUGUACAGCCUGGGACCCAGACUCUACUUCCACUCUGCCUUCAACCGCUUCGACUGCGGCGUGAUAGUGGGCAGCAUCUUUGAGGUGAUGUGGGGGUUCUUCAGGCCUGACAUGUCCUUUGGCAUCAGUGUGCUGCGCGCUCUCCGUCUGCUGAGGAUAUUCAAGAUCACCAAGUACUGGGCGUCGCUGAGGAACCUGGUGGUAUCCCUGAUGAAUUCUAUGAAGUCCAUCAUCAGCCUCAUCUUCCUCCUCUUCCUCUUCAUCCUGGUCUUUGCUCUGCUGGGCAUGCAGCUGUUCGGUGGCAGGUUCAUCUUUGAAGACUACACUCCUACAAACUUUGACACCUUUCCUGCUGCCAUCAUGACUGUCUUUCAGAUCCUGACAGGAGAAGACUGGAAUGAGGUGAUGUACAAUGGGAUCCGCUCCCAGGGAGGAGUGAAGUCAGGAAUGUGGUCCUCCAUAUACUUCAUUGUGCUCACACUCUUUGGUAACUACACGCUGCUGAAUGUCUUCUUGGCCAUCGCUGUGGACAAUCUGGCCAAUGCCCAGGAACUAACCAAGGACGAAGAGGACGAAGAGGCUGCUUUCAAUCAGAAACAUGCUCUCCAGAAAGCCAAGGAAGUAGGGGCCAUGUCUUCCCUGAUGUCAUCACAGGGGGAGAGGAGAAGACGGAUGACCAUGUCUGUGUGGGAGCAGAGAACCAGCCAACUGCGCAGGCACCGGCAGAUGUCCAGCCGAGAGAUCCUCUUCAGCAGCCCCAGUGAGGAGCAGGAGGUGCCCCCUGGAUGCCCCCACCACCUCAAAGCCACAGGCACACCCACAGGCAGCCUGAAGCUGGCUGACCCCACGGCUGACCCUACGGCCUCCACAGCUCAGCCCCCCAAGCCCAUGGACCUAACUCUAGAGGAGCCACCCCUGUCCAUGGGCGUCCCUGAGCCCCCCUUGUCCAUCCCUUUAGCAGAGUCACCCAUACCCAUCGACAGUCCCCUGCCUGACCCCUCCACGUCCACAGUUGUGUCCAUUCCGGAGCCCACUGAAUCUGAGCUGUGCCCAGAGAGCAAGCUUGAUGUCACCAACCACAGCCACCCAGGUGUCAAUGGCCGCAGGAGCCCCAGGUUAAAUGGGGAGAGAAGGCAGAGAGCGGUGCGUAAGUUCCGCCCUCCUGCUGGUGACACCCUGACCCCUGACAUGGCAGGGAUGAGGUUCAGGAGGCCAAGGGGCACAGGGCACCAUGAAGCCCAGGCUGGGGCCAGAGGCCUGGACUCACCCCAGAGGGAGGGGAGCAGUCGCUCUAUCAGCAGGGAGAGAAAGACCCCAGAGGACCCACAGGAGAAGGAGAGGAGAGCCGGUAAUGCGGGAGAGACCAGCCAGCCUUCUGAGACCAGGGAGGCUGAACACAGACAGGGUGACCCUAACCAGGCUGGGGUUCCUGAGCUGCAGAACAGGGAGCAGGGUCCACAGUCAGAACCACCCACCCUGCAGCCAUUUCAGGCUGCAGUACUGGAGCUCCCAGAGGGCCAGACAGGAGAUAGUGAUACUGGGAACAAUGCCACCACUCUGAACCAGGAUAACUCCCCUCUGAGCUCCAGUAUCUACAUAGAGGUGACCAAUGUUCAGUCGUCACUAGAGCUCACCCCCAUCACAGGUAACAGUAACGACAUGGAGGCGUCCAAGCCUGAGAAGGAAGAGGAGCAGUUGACCAGCCCAGCCAAUAUUGUCACACCUGAUAGCAUGUUCAUCUUCAAACCUGGCAACCCGAUCCGCCGGGCCUGUCACUAUGUGGUGAACCUGCGUUACUUUGAGACGUGCAUCCUGCUUGUGAUCGCUGCCAGCAGUAUCGCCCUGGCUGCAGAGGACCCCGUGUCAGCCACCUCUAACUGGAACAAAGUUUUGCGUUACUUUGACUACGUGUUCACAGGUGUCUUUACAUUUGAAAUGAUAAUAAAGAUGAUAGACCAGGGCUUGAUUCUCCAUGACGGCUCCUAUUUCCGGGACCUGUGGAACAUUCUAGACUUUAUCGUGGUGGUCGGAGCUCUGGUGGCCUUCGCCCUCACGAAUGUGUUGGGAAAUAAUAAAGGACGGGACAUCAAAACCAUCAAGUCUCUUCGGGUACUGCGCGUCCUGAGGCCCCUGAAGACCAUCAAGAGACUACCGAAACUCAAGGCAGUGUUUGACUGUGUGGUGACCUCUCUGAAGAACGUCUUCAACAUCCUCAUCGUCUACAAGCUCUUCAUGUUCAUCUUCGCUGUCAUCGCUGUGCAGCUGUUCAAAGGGAAGUUCUUCUACUGCACAGACGGAUCCAAAGACACAGAGAAGGACUGCCAGGGCUUCUACAUUGACUAUGAGAAGGAUAAGAAGGAGGUGAAGAGGAGGGAUUGGAGGAGACAUGACUUUCACUAUGACAACAUAGUCUGGGCCCUACUCACUCUGUUCACUGUCUCCACUGGGGAGGGCUGGCCACAGGUCCUGCAGCACUCUGUGGACGUGACAGAGGAGGACAGAGGUCCCAGCCGGGGCAACAGGAUGGAGAUGUCCAUCUUCUAUGUCAUCUACUUUGUGGUCUUCCCCUUCUUCUUCGUCAACAUCUUUGUGGCUCUCAUCAUCAUCACCUUCCAGGAGCAGGGAGACAAGAUGAUGGAGGAGUGCAGCUUGGAGAAAAACGAGAGGGCUUGCAUUGACUUUGCCAUAAGUGCCAAACCCCUAACCCGCUACAUGCCACAGAACAGACAUACGUUCCAGUACCGUCUCUGGCACUUUGUGGUCUCCCCCUCCUUCGAAUACACAGUGCUGGCCAUGAUUGCACUCAACACCAUUGUCCUGAUGAUGAAGUAUUACUCUGCCCCACCAGCAUACGAGGCUGUGCUGAAACACCUGAACACAGCUUUCACAGUGCUCUUCUCUGUGGAGUGUGUCCUCAAGAUCAUGGCCUUUGGCUUUCUGAACUACUUUCGAGACACUUGGAAUAUAUUUGACUUCAUCACAGUUUUGGGAAGCAUCACAGAAAUAGUGGUAGACUUGCAGUCAAUUGAGACCUUCAACAUGGGUUUCCUGAAGCUGUUCCGAGCAGCCAGACUGAUCAAGCUGUUGAGGCAGGGCUAUACCAUCCGCAUCCUGCUCUGGACCUUUGUCCAGUCCUUUAAGGCUCUCCCUUACGUCUGUCUGCUCAUUGCCAUGCUCUUUUUCAUAUAUGCAAUCAUCGGAAUGCAGGUUUUUGGAAACAUCAGACUGGAUGAGGAGACUCACAUCAACCAACACAACAACUUCAAGACCUUCUUUGGUGCUCUGAUGUUGCUAUUCAGGAGUGCCACGGGGGAGUCGUGGCAGGAGAUCAUGCUGUCGUGUUUAGGGGGGCAGAAGUGUGAGCCAGACCCCUUAGCUCUAACGUCAGACCAUGAGGAGCGCUGUGGAACUGAGUUUGCCUACUUCUACUUUGUCUCCUUCAUCUUCUUCAGCUCAUUUCUGAUGCUGAAUCUGUUUGUGGCUGUAAUCAUGGACAACUUUGAGUACCUCACCCGGGAUUCCUCGAUAUUGGGGCCUCACCACCUGGAUGAAUUUGUUCGUAUCUGGGGUGAAUAUGACCGAGCUGCUUGUGGAAGGAUUCACUAUAAGGAGAUGUACAAAGUAGUACGCACUAUUUCACCUCCCCUGGGCUUUGGAAAGAACUGCCCCUACAUGGUGGCCUGCAAGAGGCUGGUGCUGAUGAACAUGCCUGUGGAUGAAGAGAUGUCGGUUCACUUCACCUCCACCCUCAUGGCCCUGAUCCGAACCGCCCUGGAGGUCAAGAUAGCCAGAGGAGGGGAGGACCGAGGUCAGAUGGAUUCAGAUCUACAGAAGGAGAUCAGUGUCAUUUGGUCACACCUUUCUCAGAAGACUCUGGACCUGCUCGUUCCCAUCCACAAAGCCAGUCAUAUGACCAUUGGGAAGAUCUACGCAGCCAUGAUGAUCAUGGACUACUACAAGCAGAGCAAAGCCAAGAAGCUCAGGCAACAGCUGGAGGAGCAGAAACACGCUCCCAUGUUCCAGCGUAUGGACGCAUCCUCUCUGCCUCAGGACAUCCUCUGCAGUGUCAAAGCCCUCCCCUUCCUGCCCCACAGCGCUGGAUCUGCCCUGACCAGAGGAGGUUUUGUGGCCUUGAGUCCCAUAUCCCCUCAGGAGAUGUUCAUGCAGCCCAUGUCCCAGGACCUAGAGGACAAGGAGGAGGACUACCACCACUAUCACCACCACCACCAACUCCACCACCAGCUCCACACACUGGUUCCGGAGCGCAAAGAGUUUAACCGCAACCUUUGCCCCACUAACAGGCAGGAUGCCCCACUCAGGGUGCCCGGGCGAGCAGUCUCUAUCCGAGCCUCCUCUAUGCCUCGGCUGGCUGUAGACACACAGGUGGGGACAGACAGCAGCAAAUCGAUGAAGCGCUCCUUCUCCACUAUUGGUGAUCAGUGUGUGAAUGGGCUGUGGCAGGAGGAGUACUCUCUGAAGAGGGUCAGUCCUGACCGUCUGAACAGACCACGACAGAGGAGCAUCAGAGGAAUCAGGUGCAACCUCAGGGAACCAGUGGAUCAUGAGCGGGGGCGCUCCAAAGAGAGACGCCACCUGCUGUCUCCUGACGUGUCCCGCUGCAACUCUGAGGAGCGGAGCCAGGACCCGUCACAGGAACGCAAGCAGUCCCGUUCCCCCAGCGAGGGACGCACACAUGUCCACCACAGACAGGGGGACACUUCAGGCAGCCCAGGCCUGUCCAGCACCCCCCGCGGCCGGCGCCAGCUCCCCCAGACGCCAUUGCGGCCACGCCCUCACAUCUCCUACUCCCCCCUGGUGUGCCGAGCCCACCUCUCCCCCCCUGCUGUCAGCGAGGGCAGAGCCCGGACCCAGGAGGCCCCCGGAGAGACGGAGGAGUCCUCGUUGAGGGAGGAGGGGGAGAGGCCAACCCCAGUGUCAGGAGCGGGGGUGGGGGUGGUAAUAGGCGUGGGUGGCCCAGGGUUAGGGGUCAGUCACCCGCACCCCUCACCUCACCGGUACAUCUCGGAGCCGUACUUGCCCCUGCAUGAGGAGUUACACAGCCCAGACUCCUCAGGCCUUGAUGAGACUCUGACCUUCGAGGCGGCUAUUGCAACUAGUCUGGGCCGGGCCAACACCAUCAGCUCUGCCCCCCAGCUCAGACACAACUGGCAGGUCCCCAACGGACACUUCCAUAAACGCCUGGGUCAGGCCAGCUCUGUGGCCGCCUGCGAGCUCCUGAGUGACACCGACGAGGAUGACCGCUGUUAGGGCCGGGACUUGGAGAGGAAGAGGAGGAAGAUGGACAGCAAAACUGGGUAUCAGAAAGACAGGGGUCCUCAGUCUGAAGCACACUGUCAGGUCGUGUACUGAGUGUGCAUCUGUACGUGUGUGUAUCUGCACUCUUAGAAAAAAGGGUUCCAAAAGAGUUCUUCAGCUGUCCCCAUAGGAGAACCCUUUUUGGU